GAUUUUCAAUAAUGGUUUAUCUCCCUUUUGGAGACGGAAUGAAGUAAAAAGUUUUAUGUCCUUUGUCCUUGGUUUCCUCUUUCUCUUCAUCAAACCUUUGGCCAAUUGAGAAAGUAAAAUGAAUGGUAAAGAUUCUCUGUUAUUUUCGAGAGUAGUAGAGGAUGGAGAGAUUAGGAGUUACGUCUUUAAAUUAUUGUCUACACCCCAAGAGUAACACUUUUAUUGACUAGACUAGUCUGGGUUGCUCAGACUAACUUAUUUAUAUUAGAUAUCAGUUAUAAGCAGUGUUAAAUUAACAUCUCUUUUUGAAAGAAGCAUUUUUCAUCCUUCAAAUUAGCCUUCUCUUGGGUAUCAUAGUAUUUUCUAAUUAAUGACCGUACCUACAAAAUUCAUUGUGAGGUUGUACAUUGUUACUUCUUUAAUUUCCUGGAGGAGAUUAUGAGGAAAAGAUGUAGUUGAGAAAAGUUUGCCAAAUUUUAGUAGUAAAACAAUAUGUCUAGGACUUGGAUCCCAUUAUGUUCCCAGCUCUUUUGACAGAUUUAAAAGUUUUCCUAAUCUGUGUUAGUAUUUCUAUUUAGAAAUAUUAUUUUUGUAGUAGCCUCUUUUUUAAAAGUCCGAAGACAUUUAGUGUUAUCUAUGUCAAAGUGGAGAUGUAUGUGUUGUGUUUACAGAGAUAAUGAAAAUACAAACCUUUAAUUGUAAUAUCAAGGAAGGGUUACAAGAAUCUUGGGAAUUUGUACAGAGUCCAGAGGAGAGAGAACUCAAUAAUAAAUGUUUGAAGCUGGCUGUGUAAAAACACUUUGAGAGAACAAUAAGCAAGGUCACCCUGAAUCAUUUAGUCUGAAUGACAUUUCAUGCAAAUACCCUUCAGAUUAGACUGACUGAAGCCAUGACUUGAAUUGCUGCUAUGCUUGAGCUACUGAAUAAGAGACUUGGAUUAUUGAUGUUGUAGGUUGAUCCAAGGAGCAUAUUUUGUUUGCCAUGUUGCCUGGGUGGGUAUGAUCCACCCAACUUAUCAUACUGCUAAUAUUUUCAGAGGCUAUGUUUCUUUGUAAGGUUAGUUCUGUGGUCAUUACAUACUAAUCAAAUUUAUUUCUUUAUGCCUCUUGUAAAUCUUUCCCAUUCUACAAACGAUAGUAUCACCUUAAUUUUACCAACUGUGUGAUUCUCUGUUUAGGAAAGUGGGGGGCCAGAGGAGAGUAAGAGAUAGAAUAUGAGCACAUGGUACAAAAUUCAAAAAUUAAAAGAUACAUGCACUUUCUGUUUUAACAUGCAAAGAACUUGUCUCUCACUCUCUCAAGAAAAAAAGCUGAACAAACUGAAAAAUCAGUGGCUUAUUUUAGAUCCACCAGAGAAUUGAGGUCACAGGACAAAUCAUCAUUCUGAAAACUGUAGAGAAUACAGCUGAAGUAUGGAUCAACUUAUCUGAAGCUCUGGUAGGAACACUUAAAUUGUAAUUUUGUCUAAUUACUAGAGGCUGUGUGAACUAGCUUGGGAAUUUAAAACUCUUGAGAUCCUUUCCAGCCAACCGUUCUCCUUUGGAGGAGAACCAUAUGCAGCUAUGGCACCCUGCCAGAAUGGCAUGAUCCUGAUGCCUCACUUCCACAAGGAGUGGCAGUAGCGGUUUGGUUCAGCCAGCUGACCCAAAAGAUCCACAGAUGCAAGGCCCAGCAAGCAAAAGCACACCACCAUUGCCUAUCAUCCUGCAUCUGGACCCAUCUAGCCCGUAGUAGGAUGUCCCACAAGGAGGUAUCACAUCAAAGUAUGAGCUAGCAGAAGCUUUAGCUUAGAAGAGUUAGGGUGGCCAGCAUCCACAUGGUGACCCAAACCUUUGGUAUCUGUGGAUCCAAGGAGACAUUAGAACAAGUCCAGUGAGUCCUGAAAUGCCAGCAACUCCAGUUGAAGGAGUACUACUACAAGCUCAUCCGCUUCCCCAGGAAGCCCUUGGACUCCAUGAAGGAAGACAGCUCUGCUGAACUCAAAUUGGCCACCCAGCUGACAGGACCAGUAAUGUGCAUAUCAUUGUCUUCAAGGAGAAAGCCAGAGUCAUCACCAAGAAGCUCUUUAGUAUAUACCAAAGGAAUAUAAAUUAUUCUGUUACAAAAAAUACAUGCACAUGUAUGUUCAUUGCAGCACUGUUCACAGUAGCAAAAGACAUGGAAUCAACUCAAAUGCUCAUCAAUAAUAGACUGGAUAAACAAAAUGUGCUAGAUAUACACCAUGGAAUACUAUUCAGCCAUAAAAAGGAAUGAGAUCGACCUGGUGUGGUGGCUCACGUCUGUAAUCCCAGCACUUUGAGAGGCCAAGGCGGGCGGAUCACAAGGUCAGGAGAUCGAGACCAUCCUGGACAACAUGGUGAAACCUCAUCUCCACUAAAAAUACAAAAAUUAGCUGGGCAUGAUGGUGUUUGCCUGUAGUCGCAGCUACUCGGGAGGCUGAGGCAGGAGAAUCGCUUGAACCCACGAGGCAGAGGUUACAGUGAGCUGAGAUUGUGCCACUGCACUCCAGUCUGGGCAACAGAGCAAGACUCCAUCUCAAAAAAAAAAAAAAGGAACGAGAUCAUGUCAUUUGCAGGAACAUGGAUAGAGUUCGAAGCCAUUAUUCUCAGCAAGCUAACAGGAAUAGAAAACCAAACGCUGCGUGUUCUCAGUUAUAAGUGGGAGCUGAAUUAUAACACAUGGACAUGUGGGGAACAACACACACUGGAGCCUGUUGUGGGGAGGAGUAGGGGGCAAGAGAGCAUCAGGAAGAAUAGCUAAUAGAUGCUGGGCCUAAUACCAAUGUGAUGGGUUGAUCUAUGCAGCAUACCACCAUGGGACACGCUUACAUUUGUAAGAAACCUGCACAUGUAUCCCGAACUUAAAAGUAGGAGAAAAAAAAUUCAGUGCUAAAAAUAAAUUGAGCUAUGAAGACAUGAAGGAAACUUAAAUGCAUAUUGCUAAAUGAAAAGCCAGUCUGAAAAGGCGCCCACAUUAUUACAACUAUAUGACAUUCUGGAAAAGUCAAAACUAUAGAACACUCGAAAGAAUAAAAGAGCGGAGCAAAAAAUAAAUGGAGCAUUUUAGGGCAGUGAAACUAUUCUGUAUAAUACUAUAAUGGUGGGUGCCUGACAUUCAUUUUGUCAAAAUUCAUAUAGAACUGUGUAGUACAAAAUGAACUUUACACUGUAGACUAUGGUUAAUGUAUUAAUACUGGUUCGUUAAUUAUAAUAAAUAUAUCAGUAAUCCAAGAUGUAAAUAAUAGGGUGCCAGAGGACUCAAUGGACAUACGGAGCUAUCUGCCCAAUUUCUCAAAAUCUAAAACUUUACUAAAAUUUAUGUCUUAAUUUUUAAUACAGAAAAAGGAUGAUACAUGACAGUUACUUCCCUUUCAUCCCUCUCUCAGCAACCUAGUUACCCUCCACAGAAUCACUGAUUUUUUUGACCAGAUUUUUUAUAUAUUCUUAAACAGAUAAUGCAAUACAUAAAUGUGUAUACCUAUAUAUAUAUUGGUGGGCUACAGAAAUGCAAGUAUUUUAUACAUAUUGUUUUGUACCUUUUUCACUACAUGAUAUUUAGGAAAUCGUUUCAUGAUAUCUACAUAUAGGGCUUUUGAUCAUUUUUGACAGUUUCGUAAUAUUUCAUUGAUCAAUGUGUUUAAGUCAUAUUAAUGAAUACAAAUUGUUUUUCAUCUUUGGCUAUAAUGAAGACAUUGCAAUUAUUAUACAGAUGUCAUUCAAAAUAUUACUUAGUUGAAGUGUAUGUACAUUUACAAAUAACCCACUAGCAAUGUUUGUUUCCCCACAUCCUCAUUUCAUUGUAAUCCAAGUUUUUCAACCAUUAUGGUGUUAACAAACUUUUUCGUGGCUACCAUAUAUGUAAAAACUAUUUGUUUCCUUUUCUGUAAAGUGUUUAAUCCCUUUCCAAUUUCUCCUAUGGGUUAUUCAUCUUUUUUUUAUUCUUUUUUUUUUUUUAACUGGGUUCCUGAUGAUCUUUAGUAAGUACAUUUUUCAUUUGUCCUUGAUAAAAAUUGCAAAAUUUUUUUUCAAUUAGCUGUCAUUUGACUUUGUUUAUGGUUUAACUUUUCUGUGAAGAAUUUUUUAUUUGUAAUUUUUCAUCAUUUUUAUUAUUGCGACUUGAUAAUGUUUUAAUAUUUUAUAGGAGCAAUCUCUCAUUUUUAUUUGAGAAUUUUCCUGUACACUUGCUCAUUUAUUUUUCUAUAUUAUUUAUUUUAGACUCAUCUUGUCUAGUUAAGAAGUAGUGUUGACACUUUUUGAAUAAUGUUAGGUUUAUAGGUUUUUAGAUUAGGAAGAAUUGACAUCUCUAUGAUGUUAAAUUAUCUUUUCUAAAACAUAGUGUAUCUUUUCAUGUGCUCAUGAUCUUCAAUAAUACUUUAUGACCUUCAAUAAUGCUUUAUUUGAAUAUAGUUUUUGUACCUUGUUUUAGCUUUUUGUCGUUGUUCAUUAUAUGUUCAUUGUAUUCAUAAAAUAUAUGAAUAUACAUAUUUUGUACCCAAACCAAUAGUGAAUUUACCUGAAGAAUCCAAGAGAAUCACUAAAACUACUAUAAAUAAUAAACCCGUCUGUCAUCUGUAAAAAAAUUUAAAUUUUCAUAUCCAAGUUUUAAAUAACAUUUCUCUUAUCCAGAUCAUUUUUUUUAAUAUGAUGAAAAAGGAAUUUGCUCUUGGUAUUAAUGGAAACAAUUUUAGUGUUUUCUCAUUAAGCACGAUGCUCACUUUUGGGUUAAGAUAUGCAUGUUUUAACAUGUUAAGUAUUCAUCUAUUUCUAUUUUACUAAAAAUUUUUAUUAAGACUGGGAAUGAUUGUACCAAAAUGGAAAUGGAAUUUUAUCAGAUCUUUUUGAUAUCUAUAAAAAUAAUGUGACUUUUUUCUCUUUUUAUUAGUGUCAUAUCAGUCAUUAUAGGCUAGUUUGUGCUUCAGUAACUAAUAACCUUAAAAUCUCAGUAGCUUUAAACAACAUGGUUUAUUUCUGGCUCAUACUCCAUGUCAGUGGAAUUCCAUACUUUCCUUCCUCCCAGAGCCAGGCUCAUAGAGCAGCCAUCAUCUGGCAUUUUGAGAGUUGCUGUCUGUGGUGGAGAGAAAGGGAACAUGGUAGGUCAGCCACUGACUUUUAAACUUUCCACUUGGAAAUAAUACACAUGACUUUAGCUAACAUUUUAUUCACCAGUGCAAAUCACAUGGCCACAUGGAACCGAAGAAGAGGUUGAAUAAUUCUACCAUGUAACCUGGAAAAGAAGUGGAAGUGUUUGUAGGAAAUUCUUUUGCCAAGAGAUACAAUAAAGAUUUCCUUAAACUGGAAGCUCAGUCUGGCAUCUAACAACUUGGAGCUUCUGAUAUUGAACCAUCAGGAAAGGAGGAGUUUGUCAACUAGCUAGGAUGAAUGACGAUACACAACGGAAGCAGUAAGAAGAAUGCCUGAAACACAGGAGAACCUCUGGAGCACCUCUUAGUAUUCCUAGGUCUGGGAUGAAAAUCAAUGGAAAACUACAUUAACUGCUAAUGGACCCAGGCCUUUCAGAAAUGACAGUUUGGAUCGUUCCACCAAGGAACAAACUGACCAACUGAAGUGUUUGCCAAGGGGAAAGGGACAGAAUGAAUAGUGCAAGAAGACAGAAAUAUCAGCGAUGAUCUCAUGCCCGCUUUGAGAAACGAGACUGUAGUAAUUAUGCAUAUUUUAUCCCAACUUUGAAGUGGGCUAUGUAUUAUUUUCUUCCCAUUUUAAUUAUUUUUCUUUGUUUUUUCCUGUCUCCCAUUUAUCUGCUGUCUAAGGGAUGUGAUCUCGCUAUAUUACCCAGACUGGUCUUGAACUCCUGGCCUCAAGUGCUCCUCCUGCCUUGAUCUCCCAAAGUGCUGAGAUUACAGAUUUCCCAUGCUGUCAACAUAAUGUUGUCUUUCUGGCUAUCAUUCUCUCAUCUGAUCCUCAGUUUAGGUCAUUUCUGCUUCAUAUGAUCAUUUUAAUUGUAUUUACCUCAUCUUACCAAAAAGAUCAUGCCACAUACAGGACUCAUGUUCAUUAAAGUCAAGGCUUAAUAAGGCUUGCAACAUCGAUCAGAUGGGCUGCAGUUUAUGAGAAAGUGUCAGCCAGACCCUUCCACUGGAGAAAACAUGGUGAAUCUUUUCUACUCACGUUUAGGGCCUUGUUUUGGUGGAUUGCUUUAAUAAAGAUGGAUCUGUCAGACCUUGGAGAAGCCGCAGCCUUCCUCAGAAGAAGUGAAGCUGAGCUGCUUCUACUACAGGCCACAGCCUUGGAUGGGAAGAAGAAAUGCUGGAUUCCUGAUGGUGAGAAUGCUUAUAUAGAGGCUGAAGUAAAAGGGAGUGAAGAUGAUGGAACAGUAAUUGUUGAGACAGCAGAUGGAAAGAGUCUGAGCAUAAAGGAGGACAAAAUCCAGCAGAUGAAUCCUCCAGAGUUUGAAAUGAUUGAAGACAUGGCAAUGCUGACUCACCUCAAUGAGGCAUCCGUGCUGCAUACCCUGAAGCAGCGCUAUGGCCAGUGGAUGAUCUAUACAUAUUCAGGUCUCUUCUGUGUGACCAUAAACCCUUACAAAUGGCUUCCUGUGUAUCAGAAAGAAGUCGUGGCCGCCUACAAAGGGAAGAGGCGAUCAGAGGCUCCCCCUCACAUCUUUGCUGUUGCCAAUAAUGCCUUUCAGGACAUGCUUCACAAUCGAGAAAAUCAGUCUAUACUCUUCACAGGAGAAUCUGGUGCUGGAAAGACUGUGAACAGCAAACAUAUUAUCCAGUAUUUUGCCACCAUAGCAGCCAUGAGUGAAUCCAGGAAAAAGCCGGGGGCGUUAGAAGAUCAAAUCAUGCAAGCGAAUACUAUCUUGGAAGCAUUUGGAAAUGCUAAAACCCUGAGAAAUGACAACUCCUCUCGUUUUGGCAAAUUCAUCAGGAUGCACUUUGGUGCCAGAGGCAUGCUGUCAUCUGUGGACACUGAUAUCUAUUUGCUUGAAAAGUCCAGGGUGAUUUUCCAGCAGGCUGGAGAGAGGAACUACCACAUAUUCUAUCAAAUUCUAUCUGGACAAAAAGAGCUUCAUGACAUGCUCCUGGUAUCUGCAAAUCCCUCAGACUUCCACUUUUGCUCCUGUGGAGCAGUUACUGUGGAGAGCUUGGAUGAUGCUGAAGAAUUGCUGGCCACAGAACAAGCCAUGGACAUCUUGGGCUUUCUUCCUGAUGAGAAGUAUGGAUGCUAUAAACUCACUGGAGCCAUCAUGCACUUUGGAAACAUGAAAUUUAAACAGAAACCUAGAGAAGAGCAACUGGAAGCAGAUGGCACAGAAAAUGCUGACAAAGCUGCUUUCCUCAUGGGCAUUAACUCCUCUGAGUUGGUAAAGGGCUUGAUCCAUCCUAAAAUCAAAGUUGGUAAUGAAUAUGUUACCAGAGGUCAAACUAUAGAACAGGUAACCUGUGCUGUCGGUGCCCUGUCCAAGUCAAUGUAUGAGAGGAUGUUUAAGUGGCUGGUGGCACGGAUCAACAGGGCCCUGGAUGCCAAGCUGUCAAGGCAGUUCUUCAUUGGCAUUCUUGACAUCACUGGUUUUGAAAUCCUUGAGUAUAAUAGCCUUGAGCAACUGUGCAUUAAUUUUACCAAUGAAAAAUUACAACAGUUCUUCAAUCGGCACAUGUUUGUUCUGGAGCAAGAGGAAUAUAAGAAAGAAAGCAUUGAAUGGGUGUCUAUUGGCUUUGGUCUGGAUUUGCAAGCUUGCAUAGAUCUCAUUGAGAAGCCAAUGGGCAUCCUUUCCAUCCUUGAAGAAGAGUGUAUGUCUCCUAAGGCUACAGACCUGACUUUCAAGACCAAACUCUUUGACAACCAUUUUGGAAAGUCGGUUCAUCUCCAGAAGCCCAAGCCUGAUAAGAAGAAAUUUGAACCUCAUUUUGAACUUGUCCAUUAUGCAGGAGUGGUACCUUAUAAUAUCAGUGGUUGGCUGGAAAAGAACAAAGACCUUCUUAAUGAAACAGUGGUAGCUGUAUUUCAGAAGUCUUCCAACAGACUCCUGGCAAGCCUUUUUGAAAAUUACAUGAGUACUGACAGUGCUAUACCAUUUGGGGAGAAGAAACGAAAGAAAGGAGCUUCAUUCCAAACAGUUGCAUCUCUGCAUAAAGAAAACCUGAAUAAAUUGAUGACUAAUCUGAAAUCAACAGCACCUCAUUUUGUGAGAUGCAUAAAUCCCAAUGUGAACAAAAUACCAGGUAUACUGGACCCUUACUUGGUUCUACAGCAGUUGCGCUGUAAUGGUGUCUUGGAAGGGAUUAGGAUAUGCCGUGAAGGUUUUCCAAACCGACUGCAGUAUGCUGAUUUUAAACAAAGGUACUGCAUUCUGAAUCCAAGGACCUUUCCAAAGAGCAAGUUUGUGAGCAGCAGAAAAGCAGCUGAAGAAUUACUUGGCUCCUUGGAGAUAGACCAUACCCAGUACCGAUUUGGAAUCACUAAGGUGUUUUUUAAAGCUGGGUUUCUGGGCCAACUGGAAGCAAUGAGAGAUGAGAGACUAUCUAAAGUCUUCACAUUGUUCCAAGCCAGAGCACAGGGCAAACUGAUGCGAAUCAAAUUCCAGAAGAUUCUGGAAGAAAGGGAUGCACUUAUUUUGAUCCAGUGCAACGUAAGAGCUUUCAUGGCUGUGAAGAACUGGCCCUGGAUGAGGCUCUUCUUCAAGAUCAAGCCUCUUGUUAAAUCUUCAGAAGUAGGAGAAGAAAUAGCUGGACUGAAGGAAAAGUGUGCCCAAUUACAGAAAGCCUUGGAGAAAUCAGAGUUUCAGAGGGAGGAACUGAAAGCAAAGCAAGUAUCCCUCACUCAGGAAAAAAAUGACCUGAUUCUUCAGCUUCAGGCUGAGCAAGAGACACUGGCAAAUGUUGAAGAGCAGUGCGAGUGGCUGAUUAAAUCCAAGAUCCAGCUGGAGGCCAGAGUAAAGGAGCUGUCGGAGAGGGUGGAGGAAGAAGAGGAGAUAAAUUCUGAGCUGACUGCCCGGGGGCGGAAACUCGAAGAUGAAUGUUCUGAGUUGAAGAAAGAAAUCGAUGACCUGGAAACAAUGUUGGUGAAGUCAGAGAAGGAGAAGCAUACUACAGAGCACAAGGUCAAGAACCUGACUGAGGAAGUAGAGUUUCUAAAUGAGGAUAUCAGCAAACUUAACAGAGCAGCCAAGGCUGUGCAGGAGGCCCAUCAGCAGACCCUGGAUGACCUUCACAUGGAGGAGGAGAAGCUCAGCAGCCUGAGCAAAGCAAAUCUGAAGCUGGAACAGCAAAUCGAUGAGCUUGAGGGUGCCCUUGAGCAGGAGAGAAAAGCGAGAAUGAACUGUGAAAGGGAACUGCACAAACUGGAGGGCAAUUUAAAGCUGAAUCAGGAAAGUAUGGAGAACCUGGAAAGCAGCCAGCAACACCUGGCAGAAGAGCUGAGGAAAAAAGAAUUAGAAAUGAGUCAGAUGAAUUCAAAAGUGGAGAAUGAGAAAGGCCUGGUAGCUCAGCUUCAGAAGAUGGUUAAAGAGCUUCAGACUCAAAUAAAGGAUUUGAAAGAGAAACUAGAAGCUGAAAGGACCACUCGAGCCAAGAUGGAAAGGGAGAGAGCUGACCUCACCCAAGACCUGGCUGACUUGAAUGAGAGGCUGGAGGAGGUAGGAGGAGCCAGUUUGGCUCAGCUGGAAAUAACUAAGAGACAGGAAACCAAAUUCCAGAAGCUGCGCCGAGACAUGGAAGAGGCCACUCUGCACUUUGAGGCAACUUCUGCGUCUUUGAAGAAGAGACAUGCAGACAGCCUGGCUGAGCUCGAGGGCCAGGUAGAAAAUCUACAGCAGGUCAAGCAGAAACUGGAAAAAGACAAGAGUGACUUACAGCUGGAAGUAGAUGACCUCCUGACCCGUGUUGAGCAGAUGACAAGAGCUAAGGCAAAUGCUGAGAAACUCUGUACUCUAUAUGAAGAGCGCUUGAAUGAAGCAACUGCAAAGCUAGAUAAGGUGACUCAGUUGGCAAAUGACCUGGCAGCACAAAAGACAAAGCUGUGGAGUGAGAGUGGCGAGUUCCUACGGAGGCUUGAAGAGAAGGAGGCUCUGAUAAACCAACUUUCCAGGGAAAAGAGCAACUUCACUCGGCAGAUUGAAGAACUGAGAGGGCAGCUGGAAAAGGAGACCAAAUCCCAGAGUGCCCUGGCCCAUGCCCUGCAGAAGGCUCAGCGUGACUGUGACCUUCUACGAGAGCAGUAUGAGGAAGAACAAGAGGUCAAGGCUGAGCUGCACCGGACCUUAUCCAAAGUCAAUGCUGAAAUGGUGCAAUGGAGAAUGAAGUAUGAAAACAAUGUCAUCCAGAGAACAGAAGACUUGGAGGAUGCCAAGAAGGAACUGGCAAUUAGAUUGCAGGAGGCAGCCGAAGCCAUGGGGGUGGCCAAUGCCAGAAAUGCUUCCUUGGAGAGAGCCAGGCACUGGCUGCAGCUGGAGCUUGGGGAAGCCCUGUCUGACCUCGGGAAGGUCCGCUCUGCAGCAUCCAGGCUGGACCAGAAGCAGCUGCAGUCUGGCAAGGCCCUUGCUGACUGGAAGCAGAAGCACGAGGAGUCUCAGGCAUUGCUGGAUGCCUCUCAGAAGGAAAUUCAGGCUCUCAGUACAGAGCUCCUCAAGCUCAAGAACACCUAUGAGGAGAGCAUCGUGGGCCAGGAGACACUCAGGAGGGAGAACAAGAACCUCCAAGAAGAGAUUUCUAAUCUGACAAACCAGGUUAGAGAAGGGACCAAGAACUUAACUGAAAUGGAAAAGGUCAAGAAACUAAUUGAACAAGAGAAGACAGAAGUCCAGGUGACACUGGAAGAAACAGAGGGAGCCCUGGAACGUAAUGAAAGCAAGAUUCUUCGUUUCCAGCUUGAACUCUUGGAAGCUAAAGCAGAACUUGAAAGAAAGCUUUCAGAGAAAGAUGAAGAAAUAGAAAAUUUUAGGAGGAAACAGCAGUGUACCAUUGACUCCCUGCAGUCUAGUCUGGAUUCUGAAGCUAAGAGCAGAAUUGAGGCUACCCGGCUGAAGAAGAAGAUGGAAAAGGACCUCAAUGAGAUGGAACUCCAGCUUAGCUGUGCCAACCGGCAGGUGUCAGAGGCAACAAAAUCCCUGGGCCAGCUUCAGAUUCAAAUCAAGGACCUUCAAAUGCAGCUGGAUGACAGCACACAACUGAACAGUGAUCUGAAGGAGCUGGUGGCUGUGGCUGAGCGGCGCAACUCUCUUCUUCAGUCUGAACUAGAGGAUCUAAGGUCUCUGCAAGAGCAGACAGAGCGUGGCCGCAGGCUGUCAGAAGAAGAACUCCUGGAAGCAACAGAAAGAAUCAAUCUUUUCUAUACCCAGAACACAAGCCUCCUCAGCCAGAAGAAGAAACUGGAGGCUGAUGUUGCCCGGAUGCAGAAAGAAGCUGAAGAGGUGGUGCAGGAGUGUCAAAAUGCAGAAGAGAAGGCCAAGAAGGCAGCCAUUGAGGCAGCAAACUUGUCAGAAGAACUGAAGAAGAAGCAAGAUACCAUUGCCCACUUGGAAAGGACAAGAGAAAAUAUGGAGCAGACAAUUACAGACUUACAGAAAAGGCUGGCUGAAGCUGAACGGAUGGCCCUGAUGGGGAGUAGAAAGCAAAUCCAGAAACUAGAAUCCAGGGUUCGUGAACUGGAAGGUGAACUGGAGGGUGAAAUCCGUCGCAGUGCAGAGGCCCAGAGGGGAGCCCGCAGACUUGAGCGAUGCAUCAAAGAGCUGACCUAUCAGGCAGAGGAAGACAAGAAGAAUCUGAGCAGGAUGCAAACUCAGAUGGAUAACCUUCAGCUAAAAGUGCAAAAUUACAAGCAGCAAGUCGAGGUGGCGGAAACACAAGCCAAUCAAUACCUUUCCAAGUAUAAGAAGCAGCAACAUGAGUUGAAUGAAGUGAAGGAAAGGGCAGAGGUGGCAGAAUCUCAAGUCAAUAAACUCAAAAUUAAAGCAAGAGAGUUUGGGAAAAAGGUUCAAGAAGAAUAGCAUCCCCUGCUUUGAAAGGACAACAGCUGGAGAAGUACAAGGAAGGUGCUGUUUCAUGGCGAAAAACUUAGGUUGCAUGGAAACAUUUUUUAAAACAUGUUUAAAUUGCUUUUCACACCAUAUAAACAAGGCAAUUAGAAAAAUAAUUAAAGGGAAUAUCAUUGCUUCCACAGUUAAUGGGGAGUUUUUGAUCCUCAAAUGCAAGUAAACUACCUUCUAAUGCUUCACAUGACAGAUUAAAUAAAUGGAAGAACCUUUUUGAUUCUGAUGUUUAAAAAACGAAUAAAUACUUGAUCCUUUGUCCAUAUUUCCUCUUAAUGGGUAGGACUCAUAGAAGAUGUCCUUAGACCAGUCAUGCUUCAUGGGGACUAGGGCAUGUUGGUGAAUGGUUUUUACUGAAGUUAGGCAACUUUGGCUUGAUUCAUCCCUAAAUCUAUGAAUGUAUAUUGUGAGCCUGCAGUGGUGGGAUGGAAAUCAUAAGAUCCCCUCAGCAUUGUGAUAUAAAUAUAGCCAUAGUUAGGCAAUUUGAACAUGUAGGCAAAACUCUCCUAAUCAACACACAUGUAGGCUAUAUGCUGGUACACGCUUUAAACAUGGAGGUAACCCCACACAAGACAUUCAGUGACGGGUGAUAUGCUGGAUUUGUGCAGUACCAAUUUAGCUCAGCUGGACGAACAUGUCCCGGAAUUCCUCUCUCUCGUGGUUCUGGAUUGGAGUAGGUCAUAAAGAAAUUUGCAUUAAUUUGAUCAGCAGCUAUUUUAUGCUCAUAAGGUCAGCGUGCAGACCCAAGCAUGGUGACAGCUUGAAAAUAUGACUCCAGGCCAAAAAGGGGAGCUAGAAGAGACCAGAGAUAGCUCCCUGGACCCAGAGCUCUUCCAGCUCCUGCCAGCCUCCUCCUUCAGCUUUGCAGAGUCCUGGCCAGGUGUGUGUGCAGCUCCAUGGCAACCAGCACCAGCUUUUCCUGAGAUCACACACAGCAUUGCAGUGGAGGCCGUGAGACAGACAUGGGUUCUGUUUGUUCUUAAUGGACCUCCCUUCAUCCUCGCUGCAUGCACAGUCAACCUACCGUGACUUCAGGCCGAGAACCAGAUGCAGAGGGACCAGAUGCAGCCUGGCCUAGACUUCUCCACCAGCACCCACAAUUGUGUAAGCUUGAAGCUCUAUAAUAAAUCUUUAUUCUGUCA